ACGGUACAAAUUUUAUCUGCCUACCUCAUUGCAGAUUUGCAAACAAAGUAUGUAAGAAAAUUGCGAACUGCAAACUAAUUAGUUUUCACUGACGAUUUAUUUGCUGUUGAGUUAAAUUUACACGAAAUUCAAUUAUAUGUACUGAUACCCUUGUGAUACAACAACACCAUGCCUCAUCACUUAUGUAUAAAACCUCUACAGCGUGGUCCAAUCAGGAAUUUAUCAAUUUCAGUUUUGAAAGAUAAUGAUAAUAAGGAAAUAACAUCUCAAAUAUUUAAUGUUGAUAUGGUUGAGGUUAGUUUUAAAUUUAACUUUGAUUCACAACUCACACCACAUAUAAGGAUGAAGGCAAGUAACACUAAUGAUUUUGUUCACGUAACUGCUCAUUCUUACUAUCAAGAUAAUGUUAAAGAACAAAUUUACAACAAGCAAUCAUUUUGUUCUGCUGAUUGGUUGGAAGCUACUAUGAAAAGAAUAGGAUGUCAUUCCUGUAUUAAUGUAAAUGGCAAGAAAACAUUUAUAUAUUUAAUAGAUGUAGAUAUCACCAUUUAUAAACAAUUUCCUGCUGUCUCUAUACCUAAUAUUGAUAAACUAUAUGAAGACACAGAAUUCACAGAUUUUCAACUGCAUGCAGCAGAUGGUAAUGUGCCAAUGCACAAAGCACUCCUUGCAGCAAACAGCAAUGUGUUUAAAGCGAUGAUGAAUGGAGAGUGGAAAGAGAAAGGACAAGGGCAAAUCAAUAUAGAAGGGGUGACUGUGAAGACUCUCCAGCAUAUUAAGGACUAUAUGUACUUGGCGAUGUUACCCGAUGAAGCCCUAGAAUUAGAAUCACUUCUAGUGGUUGCGGCCCGUUACCUGAUAGAUAAGCUUAAAGCUGAUUGCAUUAAAAAACUGACUCAAACAGUCAAGCCGGAAAAUGUAGAUAGACUUAUCAAGCUUGCUUGUCAGCAUGACUUACAUGAUCUAGUAAAAUCUCUGAUAUUAAAUACUCGAGAUGAAUUUGUGAGUGAUUAUUAUGAGUCCCAAAACAAAAAGAAAGAAUCUUCCGAUGAUGGUGACAAGAAUUAGUUUUCUCUUUGUGUCUGUACUGUUUUUUUUUUAAUUCCUACUAAUGUUACCUGUUCUACUUGUUAGAAACUUUGUGAUUUAUAUUGUAUGAUUCAAACAUUUAAGUUAUUAGUUUACAAUUGCAUUAUGUUACUUGAUCGAUCAAUACUCAGGUCAUGAUUCAAAAGUUUAAAUAUAAAAUGGCAUGAUUUGUUUUAAGUAUUUCUUAUUUAAUUCCAACAUUAACCACUAAUUUUUUAUAGAUGAUAAUAGCUGGGAGUAUUUUAUCAGCUAACUUCAUUUUAUAAUCUUUUAAUCUAUACUUAUAAAUAAAUAAAUAAAAAUAAAAAAGCCUUUUAUUUCUAGUAAGACAGUAAUAUUACAGAAAUUAGAAAAAUAUAUAUCUUAACUAUUAAAAUAAUGUCACACCAGAACCCUUUAUGAGGUAAAGGCCUCUUCCAGUUGCAUCCAUUCAUUGCGGUCUUGAGCCACCCAGGUCCAGUUGACCCCGGCCAUUUUGGUGAUGUCAUCUCUCCAUCGUGCCAGUGGGUGUCUUCUUUUUCUUUUUCCUCCUGGUCCUUAAUAGGGUGCAUUGGGGUAAUUUCGAAGUACAGAAAUGCUCGGGUAAUUUCGAAAGGGGAAUCUUGAUGUCAUGGAAAUAAUGGUGAGUUUUAUGCGAUUGAUUAUAAUUUGUUCGUUUUUAUAGCCGAUAGCUCAUAGUUUAUUAGCUCGCGAUGGGACCAGUGCCUUGGCAACUUAUGUUUAGUGGACGCCCAUAAUUUUAACUUCAUGUACUGGUUUAGGUUAUAGAACUACUUUGUUCGUCGAGACCACUUAAGGGUAAGAUACUAUAUAACACCAGCAGGGCAAGCACGUGAUGGGCGGAAAGUAUGUCGCUCAUCUGCUUUUCUAACUGUAUGAAGGCGGGAGGCGUGGAUGAGUUUUCUACUGAUGCGCUCAUUAUGAGUUUGCCCUGCAUUUAAUAAAAGAAAAAAUAAAACAAAUUAUUAUAAAUACAACCUAAUUUAUUCAUUAUCCCACUGACAGUUAAGAAAUGCAUCAAAUUACUGUAUUUAGAGCAACCUACAAGUUAGAAAAUAUUUAUAAUUUCACAAUCUCUUCGAUAACCUGUCACAUCAAAAUGGAAUGAUAACUUUACACUAACCCCCUUAUUCAUAAACGUACACUAAAGUUAUCAAGUUCGUUUGUCUCUUUCUGACGUAUAGGUCUGAGAGAAAGGGACAAACGAACUUUAUCGGCUUGAUAACUUAGUGUACGUUUAUGGAUAAGGGGGUAUAAGUAUUUAAAGUGUGUAGAAAAAUGUAAUUAUCACUGACUUUGGAAGGCAUAACAAUAGUUAUUUGUUAUACAAGGGGGCAAAGUUGUAUUUUAACGCCGAGUGUGGAAUUGAAAACCGAGCAAGUGAAAGGAUUCUAUAGUUGAACCACGAGCGAAGCGAGUGGUUCGAGAA